UGGUGCAGCAGCUGUUUCAGGCUGCUGAUUAUUCACAGCACAGCAGUGAUUGUUCAUUCGUGUUCUCACACUUAACUUCAGGCAUCAUCGGUUCAUCAACCCUUUGAACUGCGCUUGUGUGAUUUAUCCAACAGUGAACGAUGCAGUGAAGGUACGCAUGGAGGGAGGAGUGAUGGACGAGUGUGAGGCAAGUAAAGAUGUCCUGCUGAGUGACACCAUGGACCAGUACAGGACUUUCCAGAUGUGUGAGCGCCUGCUGCACAGUCCGGCCAAACUAGCCAACCAGCUGCUGUUCCAGAUCCCACCUCAUCGGCAAAUCAUGCUCAUAGAGAGAUACUAUGCCUUUGAUGAUACAUUUGUUCGUGAGGUCCUGGGAAAGAAGCUCUCCAAGGGAACAAAGAAAGACUUGGACGACAUCAGCGCCAAGACAGGUGUGACACUAAAAAGCUGCAGACGACAGUUCGACAACUUCAAACGUGUUUUCAAAGUUGUCGAAGAGCUGAAGGGACCCCUGGUGGAGAACAUACGUCAGCAUUUUCUUCUGUCUGACAAACUUGCAAGGUAAUCAGCGACAGGC